GGUAAGAGGACAUUUCUGCCUCUCUUGAAGGAAUUCGUCUCCAGAGAGAGUCGGUCAAUUCCUGAAUUACAGAAGAACAGAAAGAAAAUUGUAAAAUCAUUCGUUUGGCUAAUUCCUCUAAGAAUUUGAGAAGACGAAGAAAAUAAUUUUGUAAAAAUGGAUCAGAUAUUGAACAAGGUUGGAUCUUAUUGGUUAGGCCAGAAGGCUAACAAAGAAUUCAAUUCCGUCGGCGACGAUAUCAACUCACUGUCAAGCAGUAUCGAAGGAGGAGCCAAAUGGAUUGUCAACAAAAUGAAAGGGAAAAUGCAAAAGCCAUUGCCAGAACUGCUCAAGGAGUACGACUUGCCUAUAGGGAUCUUUCCCCGAGAUGCUACCAAUUAUGAAUUUAAUCCAGAUACAGGAAAGCUUACUGUCUUUGUUCCCGAAAUUUGUGAAGUUGGAUAUAAGGAUUCAUCUGUUCUACGUUUUUUGACCACCAUAAAUGCGUAUUUGGAGAAAGGGAAACUAGCUGAUAUAGAGGGAAUGAAGACAAAGGUUAUGAUUUGGGUUAAACUGACUUGUAUCACUUCCGAUGGACCAAAGCUUCAUUUCACAGCUGGGAUGAAGAAGACUAGAAAAAGAGAGGCUUACGAGGUCCUCAGAGAUGGAGUGAGUAUAGAGAAGUUCUGAAGUGAUCAAAAGUGCUUCAUAGGUAUAUUAUUUGCUGUGAAUAACUCGUUUCUUUGCUUCUGAACUGUUUUGAUUGCCUUAUUCGUUGUAUGACGAUGAGCUUAGUUGAAUUUUAUAUGUAUGUGGCUGCAAUAUAAUGUGUUUCCCCAAUUGCUGUACUGGUCUUCAUCACUCAGAGAUCAAAUACUUGGUUUCUUUCACAUUUUAAUAUAUUAUAUCUAGAAUUUAUUUAGAAA